AUGACUGAUGAAUGUUUGAAAGGAGAAUUCGAGAAAGUUCUCCACGUUUGUGGUGUUAAUUCCGAGGAUCAAACUGCCUGGACAUAUUGUCGUUGGCUUGUUGAAUUGGCAACAAAUGGAUUGCCAGUUUCACCACAAGUUGUUGCAGCAAGAUUCUUAGAUUCAACAACGGUUCUAGUUGUAUUUUCUGAAGCAGUUAACAAACAAAUGGUUAAAAAUACUUUUUUGUUUGAUGAUUCUAAAUUGAUAAAAUUUGAAUCGAUUUCUCCAUUUAAAACUUCUAAUUAUGUAUCAGAAUUUAAAUAUUCUCGUGUUUGGUUAUUAUCAAAUAUUUCUAAUCCAUUAUUAAUUUCUACAUUAAAUGAAGAAGGAAAGAAUGACAGCGAAAUAAAGCAAAUUAAUGUUGAUAAAAUUUUUAUAAAUAAAUUUUAUUUUCAAGAGAAGUUUUCUUCAUCGGCCGUCAAAAUAAGAGAAUUGCCUAAAAAAUGUUUGAAUGAUUUAGUUAAAUUAUGUAAUGAUUUAAUACCUGUUGAAGAUAAUCCUGUAAGUUUUGUUAGAUUAUAUUCAGUCAAAUUCCCACUUGUUACACCCAAUGUCAGAUGGCCAACUCUAGAGUUUAAAUUAUCCCAAAAAAUCCACAAAAGGUCAUGUUACUGCAAAGGUUCAAAAUAUUACUCCAAAAUUAAAACGUUUACAUUUCGAUUUAGUUGAAAACAAGAUGAACAUCCCCAAGGGUGGGUCUCACUAUAUAUUUAAAAUUUUAGUGGGCACUUGCUGCACU